AUGAUGAUGAGCCAGCGGCGAGGAAUUCAUCUGGACCAAUCAGAGCUGCUUUGCAAGAAAGGAUGUGGUUUUUAUGGCAACACUGGUUGGCAAGGCCUGUGCUCGAAGUGCUGGCGAGAGGAAAAUCAGCGAGAAAAGCAAAAACAGAUUCAAGAAGACUGGGCACUUGCUGAGAGGCUGCAGAGAGAGGAAGAGGAAGCAUAUGCAAGCAGACAUCAGAAGACCCAAUCACAGCAGAGCAUCACACCCUUCAGCAAGUUUGAAGAAAGAAAAACUAAGGAAAAGUCCAGCAAAGUCAACACAGUCACAAAGUUUUUUACUCCAUCCAGUAAAACACCACCAAAAAAAGAUGCUGCUCUUUUUGACUCGCAGUCCAGCCCAAGUCCCAGCUCCUCAGCAAGCCGACAUUCCUCUGUGGACAGUGAUCACGCAACACGAGAGUUCAUAGAUUUUCUCAAGCCUCUGAAGUCUGGCAGGGAGAUCUUCAAACAGUGUCGAGCCUUCACUGAGAGCAUGGUCUAUAAGCGGGACAUGGGCGCUGAUGAGCUGUCAGAGUGCGUGCAGGACUUCUACCAGAACCUCUCAGAACGCCUCCAGACCCAGUUCAAAGGUUCGACAGAUCAUGUAGAGAGUGUUAUGGAUGAGGUAGAGAAGUACAUGAUGACUCGUCUCUACAAGGAAGUCUUCUGUCCUGAAACCACAGAUGAUGAGAAGAAAGACCUGGCCAUCCAGAAGAGAAUCAGAGCCUUGCACUGGGUCACCAUUGAGAUGCUGUGUGUUCCUGUAGAUGAGGAGAUUCCUGAGGUCUCUGACAGUGUAGUCAAAGCCAUCACAGAUGUGAUUGAAAUGGAUUCGAAGCGUGUGCCCAAGGACAAACUGGCCUGCAUUACUCGCUGCAGCAAGCACAUCUUCAACGCCAUCAAAGUCAGCAAGAAAGAGGCUGCAUCUGCAGACGACUUCCUGCCCACGCUCAUCUACAUUGUGCUGAAAGCGAACCCUCCUCGACUGCAGUCCAACAUCCAGUACAUCACCCGUUUCUGCAACCCCAGCAGACUCAUGACUGGAGAGGAUGGUUACUAUUUCACUAAUCUGUGCUGUGCUGUGGCCUUCAUUGAGAAGCUGGAUGGCCAGUCUCUGAACCUAAGCUCUGAGGAGUUUGAGCUCUACAUGUCAGGCCAGGCUUCCCCCCACUGGCCACAGGCCUCUGGAGCCUCCUCCUGCUCUCCAGGCAGCGCAGCUCUCAGCCAGGUCCACAAAAGGCUGGACCUGCUAACUGGACUCGGAGAAAGACAGGAGCGGGUCAUGGAGAAGGCUCGGCAGCUGGAGAGUGACCUCAUUGACUGGACGGAUGAAGUGGAGCAAAAGGUGCAGAGCGUCCUGGAGAGCUUUCCACUGGAGACACAAAACCCCCCUGCAAACACUGCCAGUGGGACAACAUCUGCAGCAUCAUCGGCGAUCGACUCCGAUAAUGUCGAGAACGAGCUUCUUCCCCCACCACUGACACCACAAGUGUUUGCUGGUUGAUACAACGAUCCACAAAAAUCCUCUAGAGGCUUUACUCCACCCUCUCCCUUUUCCCUGCUGUUAAACUUUGCUGUUCGUACAGUUAUACAGCAGCUCUCUGAUACAGAAACUGUCUGUUCCGUCCAACCUUCCAGGAACAGUUUGGCAUCUUUUACACUUACUUGCUUUCUUACAGAGAGUUAGAUGAGAGGAUUGAAACCACUUUAAUGUCUGUACAGGAUAAUAAGAAGCUGCAGUCAUCUGCUUUUUAGCAUAGCUUUGCAUAAAGUUUGAAAACAGGAGGGAACCGAUAGCUUGGCUGUGCACGUUACAAAAUUGAUCUACCAGCACUUGAAAAACUCACAAAUUACCAUAUCUUCUCUUGUUUUAAUUUGUGAACAGAAAGGACAGGUUAUUGAGCUUUGUAGUUGCUAUGCUAGCUGUUUUACCUGAUUCUAGUCUUUGUGCUAAGCUGAGCUGACACUGUCCUGGCUGUAGUUUUGUGCUAUAUUUACCUGACAGAUGUGUUAGUGGUAUUGGCCUCCUCAUCUCACUCUCCACCUGAAAGCAAAUAAAUAUAUUUCCUAAACUGUUCAACUAUUUCUGUAACAUCAGGCAACAUGAGGUGGAGUCCUGGAGGGAAAGUACACUCCAGGCAUUAUGUCCAGAGAGAAAAGUCAAUGAUUUGUUGGAGCAACUUCUGUUACAGUUUAUAAUAAGCAGAAAAGAAGUAUAUACAAGUACAAUGAAGGUGCUCUUAGAUAGGGGAGACAAAAGUUUAAAAAGAUUUCAAGUCACUCCUCUGGCAAAUAAGGUAAAAAGCCUUUACUGAGAUGGCUUUUUUACGAUGAAAUUAAAAACAACAACAUAGACACAGCAUAGACAAUAGUAGUGCAUAUUCAAAUAGAGCUUCGAUAAUCCAGCAUGCUCUGACUGUUGCUUUACGAGUGAGGCAGGCCAGGAAAGCGCCUGGAGGCAUGCUGCUGAGAUGCCCAGAUCACCUGAACUGGCUCCUUUUAGAGUAACAGAGCAGAAUAUCUCCACUCUAAGCUCUUCCCAGACACAUCAGUUUGUCAUCCUCAGUACUUUUUUUUUUUUUUUAAAUCACUGUUACAUUUCUGCAUACAGGAUACAUUACUCAGUUUUUAAACAAGUUUCAGUUGUAUAUCCAAACCUUUCAGACAAAGUUUUUGUCCUCAUGUUUUGUCAUGUGUCUUCAGGUGUAAAUUCAUUAGCUGAGGUUCAGACUGACAUGUAGAACCCUUACUGUCCAAGUAACAGCUAGUGAAUUAACAGGAAUUUUCAGUAAAUUAUGGUUUGAGGUAAAGGAAAUGGGGAAAUGAGAAUGAUUCCACUUCCCCUCACUAAAUUUCCUUUCCAGCUCAUUCUUGUGAUUUGUGCUGUAUUUAGUGUGUUAUUUCCUGUCUUACGGAGAAAAUAGCCAGAGAGAAAGAGUGUGUGUGUGCGCGUGAGGCGGUUGUGCAUGUGGCCAAGUGUGCGUGCGUAUUGCAUGGAGAUGCUCCGUUAUUGUCGAUAAAUCAACAAGUCCUCCAGUUGUGCGUGCGGAUAUUGUAGUCUCGUUUCCAUGGCAGACCUCUCAUUCCAGUCAUAAGCUGGAUGUACAGAAGUGAUUUUAUUUUUCUAUAGAGUGGCAGGUAUCAAUUCUUCUGGAUGCAGUAGGAGACAUUAAUCCUGUAAUAUUUACAGUAGUUAACAUUGCUUGAAGACAUGUUAUAUGAAUUCUAAUGAUUGAACAGUCCCAAGAAGGUGUCAGCAUGUCCACUAAAAGAACAGUUUUAGGUGAAUUAUUUUUAUUAGUAUUGUUUGCUCUGACAGAGCUGUCGGAUUGCAAGAAAACAAAGAUGAUACUGUUUCCUUGUAAACACAAAACAUCAAAAUCACUCCCGAGGCUGCAUUUGCUUUACUAGUGCAGAAUAAUCAAUACGACCAGUUUAAUUUAUUUUAAAGCACUUUUGUUUGAUUUUAAAGGUCUUAUGUUAGAGUGAAGGAAUGAAAUGUUAAAAUUCUAACUGAUGAAAACAGUGUUGCCACACAGAUUUAGACAGCUGUCUUUUGGCAGUCUUAUAGUGAAGGAAAUGUUCAGUAAAAUUGUAUGUUUGAAAAAAAUGCGAAAGGCACAUCUUUUUUCCAGUUCCUCAUGAGCUAAAUUUUCCUUAUGUUGCUAGACUUGAAUCUUUUUGUUCACAUUUGCAACAGUGUAGUCAGUGUGCAGUUGCUGUCAAAUAUUAGUUUGAGAAAAGCCUUUUAAUGCAAAUUUAAACUAUAGCUUGAAUAACUUCAUAUUGCACUGUAUGCAAAAGCCAUUUAUCAGGUGUUUUAAAACAUCGUCUUUGUUACCUUUUAGGUUUGUUCUUAUAUCACAUGGGAGAAAUUACCUCAAUACUGUCUUUUAUUUAAAAGUAACUUAUUGGGACAGUAUUGGUAUAUUUGCAUCUAUGGGUGUGUGAUGAUUAAUAAAAAUAGAAAAUGCA